UGUAUAUAUAUAUGUAUAUAUAUGUGUAUAUAUAUGUAUAUAUAUAUAUACACACACAUAACACAUUGGGUCCACCAGUAGUGCAAUUAAGGGAGCAAUAAUGCAAUAGUAGCCUUAAUCCAACAUGGAAAACUGUAUCUUGUCCACGUGUUGCCAACGCACCUCUGCCACCAUUACCGCACCCCAACUUCCAUAUAGCCAACAGAGUUGUGGUUCGUUUAAAGCACACUCUCAAGAUUUACCAUAAUGCCUCUGCUAACCUAACAUAGUUGCACUACUGCGUAUUACUAUAAUUGUAUUAAUACUGUCUGCCUCAUAUUUAUAGUGAACUUUUCCUUAUAUGGUGUGUUGUUAGCGUGAAAAAAAUGAAGAUAUACCUUUGUUAAAAUUCAUUGUUUGCUACCCAAACCUUAAUGCUUUGAGGUUUGGGUAUUCUGGUGAACCACAAUGGAAAAAUGGCAACAAUUGAAGUGUUUGGUUUUAUAUCAGUAUGUGUUCUGGUUUAUUAAACCAAGUAAAUGAGAACUUACAACUUCAGUUAAUACUUUGUAAUGUAUAUUGUGGUGAACAAGUAGAAAAUGGUAAACGUAAAAAAUUAUAAUGAAAUAAGAAUGGAAUAAGUUCAAUGAUGACAAUAUAAAUGAAAUAGAUAAAAUAACUAAAGGGUUGAAUUGCCAAAGUGUUCAUUUUUUAUUUUCUAACAGUCUGCAGGGUCCAAGUUUGAAAUCUUAAAGUCCAAAUAUCACGUGUGUAAUUGUCCAAAGGUUCAUGAUUAAUAUUCGAUCUGAUGAGGAAAAUAAGUCCCCGGGGUCUUUGUGUGUUUCCAUCGAAAAGACAAAAUUAAGACCGUAUUGUUUAUUCAAGAAAGAAUAUAAUGUGAAAAACCUUUUGGUAUAAUUUGUCUAAAGGUUAAGUUUAGUUAUAAAAAUGGUAUUGUCCUCAGAGAGAUCAUUUGUUGUACAGCACAAACAGAGACACAUCACAAAAGGUGCAGUUGGUUAGUUUUAAACAAAGUGGCAUUAAUGUCUACAUACAGUGGUAUGAAUGUACUUAACAACAUUAGCCUUAAUACAAAUACAAAACUAAAUAAAAUGUGUUUCCCGCCCGGUUGGUCCUAUUUUUAGCAGUCACUGUGUUCUUAGAGCUCAGCUUUGACAAAAAUAAAGGUAAUAUUUAGCAAAGCUUCUCAAACAAAGAAAAAUGAACAAUGCCAGGAAUAACAACCAUCUACUGGUUACACUUCCACAACUAUACAUUACACACAACCCAUAGUCCGCACCAACUCUAAAACCACACCAUCGUUACAACACAUCAUCAUAACUCCCACAAAACCCUUAUUAUUGUUGUUGUUUAGUCUGAGCAAUGUCCAUAUGAGUUAACUGUUACAUUGUAUGGUAGGUUGUAUAUGACACUUCAGCAUGACAUGAUCUAUGGUUGUAUAUCUACAGUGUAUCAGUAUCAAAUAUGUAACAGUACAUCUUAAUAUCCAAACAAGUGGUUUGUUUUUCUGUAACAUUUCUGAAGAUAUAUUUACUGUCCAUCACAUCAUUGAUAACAGGAUCUGUGUGAUCUGUGCUUUUGUGUGCUCAGGUGCCCAUCACGAGAGGAGUUCCCCCUUAUAGAGACUGAACACAAGGCCCAUCUUAGGAGACUCAAAGCUGACCUUCAGCAGAAGGACCGGGAAAUGCUGGAGCUCCUGCAGGAGAGGGUGACUCUAUUCUGUGAGCUGGCAGAGGUGACAACUGGUCAGGAGCCCCUACAACCUCCCAUCACUCGCUACUUGUUCAGGGCAGACACACCCCAAGCGCCCCGUGCAGAGAAACUCCUACUGGAUGCCACAGCUGAGGUUGACAGGUUGAGUGAACUCCUUCUGGGGUCCAGGGUGAACAUCCCUCUUCCAUGCCUUCACAACCACAUGGAGGUGGUAGAAACCAGUGAUCAGGAUCUGUUGGUCAAUGGAGCCCAUGAUUUCUUAGCAUCAAAGAAGAUCUAUCAAAGGCUGGUGAAUCUCAGUGUUUACCUCCAUGCACUCCAGGGUGCUGUCAUCAAACAAGACUCCAUUUUAGAGUUAUUGCUGCAGCCACAGGAUAAUGUGGCACCAGCUGCAGGAGGAGCGUGGCGCCCUCUCUGGCGAGAUGUUGGAAAUCGGGAGGCCAAUGCAGUUUCAAGCAUUGGGGAGCUGGCUCUUUUGCAGAGACAACACAGCCUGCUGCAAGAGGAGCUGCUGAGGCUGCGGGAUGCCGAGAGCCGGUUCAAGGACAGUGAGAGAGCCCGGGCAAAGCUGGAGAGGCACGUCCGACACAUGAAGGUCUGCAGCGGGGCUGCAUCUGCCUCCCAGCAGCUAAGGGAGCAGGUUGCUCAACCUGCCUCUCUGCAACCAGGAAGGGAGGUCUCAACCGGAGCUGACACCCUGUGGGCCAGUCAGGAACCUGCCCACCAAUCAGAUGGCCUCCAGGAUGGCAGUGAUUUGGAGGUAGACAUGACGUCCGAUGAUGAUGAUGGGACGGAAUCUGAAAGCUCCAAGGGUCAGAUUCGAGACAUAACACACAAUGACUGUAAAUGUUACAUGUAUCCUUUUCGUAUCAUCGUGUAUUAUAGGCAGGUAUGGAAAGAGUGCUAGAAUAUUUUAGGUCAGUUAAAAUUAACUAUGAGUAAAUGUUUAUUUUACAUCUUUAAAGGAAUUAAUUGUAGAACAUAUUAGGCCACAAAAAAAGUGCAUUAACAUGUUAAUAUUCAACCAACCAACAAUACACUUUUCUCUAUAGACAUUUGCGUCCUGUGCAACUGAUUAUCAAUUAUCGAUAUACAACUAUCUUCCUCAGCCCAAGAAGAAUUAACCAGAUUAGAGAAAGAAGUAAAAAAACAGCUAUGGACAACAAGCAUUAUUAGGCUACAUUAAUUAAAUAACCUUUCACUUUAAAGAAUAAUAAUAAUUUGAAUAAAGCAUCAAGACAGCCGAAACAGAUUAUAAAGACGAUAUAAACUCAACAGCAGCUACAGCCAAAAAACUCACAUUAAAGCAAGAGAGAGACUGCACCGUUUUUCACACAAACAAGGAAACUUAAGGAGAAGUUCCUGUGCCAAGUUCUUGUUAACGUUUACAGAGGAGCAAUAAAAAGCAUCCUGACUGCAAACAUUGCAAAGUGACAUGCUGUUCACGGUCCAGGGCAGGAAAGCUCUACAGUGGGUGAUUCAAAGUGUUGAGUUUACAUUAACAACAAACAGCAAACUCAAACCAGGAAUAGAUCAAAACUGGGUGAGUUUACAGUUAGUUACUACUCAGAAGUUUGUUUUUAGAUACUUUCAGUUAUAUUCAGUUAUUAGUGCCAGAGAACAAUAAAACAAAAAAGCUGUGUGAGCUUUGAACAUUUUUCAAUAGUCUCUCCCACAUGAUGUCAUAUAAUAGCAGAAUAUUGGUUUGUAACUUGAAAUGUGUCCGAUUUUAGAAACAAGACGCCAAUGAAAUAUAAUUUCCUCUUAGUUUUAAAGGAACCGAGGGCUGAAUUUUGAUUUGUUCUCUUUUUUUCAGACCUUCAAGAUAUUCCAGAGGAGAUCUGAUUCUCGCCAUGUUUUAUAGUGCUAAUGAGCUUAUAGCUAUAGUUGACUAUGAUGGAAACAGAUUGAUUCCAACAAUGAGCACUUCUAUCUUUUCUGCAAGUCUUAAUGUUUAUUUAGCUGCUUUGCUUGUCAGUAGAUGGCUUGUGACAGUGAGCUUUUUUUUAUUUUCAGUUAUGCUUUGGAUUGUUUGAUGAUUUACUACCAUCACUUGGGUUGUUACUGUUUUCAGAUAAUUAUGUUGUGCGCAAACCUGAAAAACAGGUAGGGGUCAUUAUCGAGAUGAUAGAGAAAAAUAAUGUUUCUAUUCAAUGCUGCCAGAAAGACCCUUAAGACCCACACUGAAAUAUCCGAAAAAUACAUAACCACCAAAAAUGUAAAGAAAUCCAAUACAUUUGCCCUGCAAUAACUUCUGCUUUUACAAUGCUUAUCUUAUUAAGGUUUGUGUUUGUCAGAUCUUAAAGUAAGGCAAGGCAAGUUUAUUUGUAUGGCAGAUUUCAACAACAAGGCAAA